ACAUACAUAUACUGGCGAUUGCCAAAGUGGGAAUACCCACCUACGUUGUCUAACCAUCAAAGCCCCUCAUCCAUGACAAUAACUGGCUUGUCUAUUUGCUAUUGUUCACCUGUUCUUGCAAAUUAGACGAAGCAGGUUGAUACCAAAGGAGGACGUCAGAAUGCCGUCAUUAACGUCGCUGAUAGUCGUCGUCAAUGUCGUCAUCCUUGCCAUUGUCGUUCGUCUGUAUGUCUUUCCGACAGACACUAGCAAAGUCAUCUCACCAGCACUAAACACAACGUAUGACUACAUUAUAGUUGGAGCAGGAUCCGCAGGUUCUGUUUUGGCGUCCCGCCUGUCCGAAGAAGAUCACGUGACUGUCUUACUUAUUGAGGCCGGAGGGGAUGACCGACAGGAGCCACUUGUGGAUAUCCCAUUACUUGCAGGAUUGACUUUGGGGAAACACCAAUUCGACUGGCAGUAUUUGACUGAACCACUUAAGCAUGCAGGAGGUGCUCUCGAAGAUAGGAGAUCAUUCUGGCCGCGGGGAAGACUUCUAGGUGGUUGCAGUCAAAUCAAUGGCAACGUCUAUGUCAGAGGUCAUCGUCACGACUACGACAACUGGGCUGCCAAUGGGUGUGAUGGAUGGACGUAUAAAGAUAUCCUUCCCUACUUUAAGAAGUCCGAAAAUAACCAAGUAGAAGGCCUGUCACCAGAGUACCAUGGGGUCGGUGGACCGUUGACCAUCAGCAGUGCACAGAGACAACCGGUAACAGAGCGGAUAUUCAAGGCAGGCCUUGAGUUGGGGUAUAAAGAGACGGACGUGAAUGGCGCGGAGCAGGAAGGAUUUAGUUACACCCCGACCACGAUCAAGAACGGGGAACGUAUGAGCACAUCCAAGGCGUUCCUGUGGCCUGUGAUAGACAGACCCAACCUGCACGUCCAGGCCAACAGUCACGUCACGAAGAUAAUGAUUGAAAACAAGAAAGCAGUUGGCGUCGAGUAUGUUAAAGAUGGCCGCCUGUACAGAGUGCGAGCCUCAAGGGAGGUAAUCCUGUCUGCUGGUGCGGUUGGGUCGCCACAGUUGCUGAUGCUGUCUGGGAUCGGGCCAAAGAAACACUUGGAGGAUAAUGGGAUCAAAGUUGAAGCUAACCUCGCCGUUGGGGACAACCUCCAGGACCACCUUAUGACAUACCACAGGGCCGUCAUAGGAGAACCCUUAUCCAUCACACCAGAGAAGGCCUCGUCAAUCAAGUCGAAUCUGCAGUACAAGUUUUUUGGCACAGGGGUCCUUGCUUCAAAUCUCGGUCUAGAAGUGCUUGCCUUCCUGAAAACUAAGCCAGAUGAAGUCAGGCCGGAUCUCCAGCUUCACUUCUAUUCCUUACUGCUACCGUCGGGACCGCCAAACUAUUUCAACAUUGCAAACAAGCUCAUGGAUCGUAUGAACUGGACGGCAAGAGAAGGCUUUACCGUUCUUCCAAGCUUACUCCGACCAAAGAGUAGAGGGACAAUCCGCCUGAGAAGCACCAACCCCUUUGAGCAUCCUGUCAUCGAGCCCAACUACCUGUCUCAUCCCGAUGAUGUCCAAACGCUCAUAAGAGGUAUUCGGAUUUCACAGAAAUUGUUACGGACAAAAAGCUUGAAGGAUAUUGGUACGGAACCAGAUAUGACGCCUUGUCCGACAUGCGUUGAUGUGGAAUAUGACACAGACGCAUACUGGGAAUGCCAUGUACGGGCUAUACCAAUGACAAUUUACCAUCCAGUCGGUACCUGCAAGAUGGGAAGUGUACGCGAUUCUUCAGCUGUUGUGGAUUCUAAGCUGAGGGUGAAGGGUAUUUCUGGACUACGAGUCGUGGACGCCUCUGUCAUGCCGACCAUCGUGUCAGGAAACACAAACGCCCCGACCAUCAUGAUUGCAGAGAAGGCGGCGGACAUGAUACGAGAGACAUAAAGCGAAUAUAGUCAUAACUUAAGUAACAAGAGAGGUGGCAAUAUCUAGUACCCUCGAAUUUCUUACCCAUAUGGUCGGUACCCAUUACGAUCAGUAGCUGUAGUGAUUGAUACCCUUACUAAACCCAUAGAGGUGAUACUGGUGCCCCUACUUGAUCAGUAUUACUGGUCGUCAGUACCUCAAGAUAGCAUUCAGCAGACCUAGCACAUGUAAACCCUAGAGAACAACAGAACAACAGACCUGAGAUAAGUUCCUCCAGAAAAAAGGUAGUCCUUGAGAUCAGUACUCCAGGGGGUAGUGAUGGCCGGUUAUCAUGAAAUGUGCGACACAUAAUCUGAGGUCAUCAGGGUACAAAAUCUGAAUUUAGAGGGCCUUUACAUGAGUUAGUACUUCUACCUGAAGACAGGGUCAGCACUGUAACAGAGGUACGAGUGCAGCUGUAAGUUGAUAUGAUAAACAGACCCACAAAAAUUAUUUCUCGCAACGCCAUCGUGCGAUUCCGACUGUAUCAUAAGCAUGUGUUUAUGAAUCACUAGGAGAACCACUGUGACUGAGACACUGUAUUCCUGUCUGUUUGUGAUUGGCACAUACGCCCAGUCUCCCCCAAAAUGCGAAGUCAUAGAUAUUUGCAUAUUGCUAUUAACACAGUUCAGCUUCAUCACUUCACUUAUUGUUGAUUUGGAGCGCCUGUCCUGAAGGCUGCACACAGCGUCUUUAGUCGAUACAUAUUACAAAUUCUUCAAGAUAUGAAGGUGUGAUUCUGACAUUUCUAAUUUGAAAGAUAUUUAUGGAAUUGUGAACUUACUGAUAUGAGUAUUAUUGGAAGUUUUUUAUUAUCUAAUUUUCAUUCUAAUAAUCCGUACGUUACUGAUAUCAUACAAAUAAAUAUAUUACAUUUU